GGACCCCUGAAAUGAAAGCUUUGACCAACCUAGAGAUAAAGAUAAACACCCAAAAAAUAUUAUCUCCACCCUCCAACUAAUUCACUUCUUACGCGCUUCACCCUCACUCUUUACAUGUGCUUUGCUUCUAUCCAAACAUUCGUUGAUCUGUAGCACCAGCCAAAUACCAAUUUCAAAUAUGUUCCUUAUCGGCCAGGUAUCAAACCAGGUGUCCGUGAUCUCCCGGCGCUACCAGUUACUGAAUCCGAUAAUAUUCAAUAGCAGCAAGUCUGUAAAUAGGAUAACCAGCUUUAUCUCCAACCCUGCUAAGUCAUCUCAUGCCCAACAGAGAUCUAUAUAUUCUUGCCGAUUUCAAUCUACUUCUUCCUCGUCUUCUUCCACGUCUUCUUCCACUUGUCGCUCCUCAAAACAGUCGAGAAAAGUUGCAAUGGCUCCCACUACCCACCAACGUCGUUCUAGCACUGCAACCCCUGUGACUGCAAACCUUCUGCCAGGCUUUGCUUUUGCUUUCGAGUAUGUCGUAGCUAUUUGUCUCUAUAUAUACCUCGCGGUCUAACUGGUUAUAGCAUUGAUGGUGUUCUACUUCGAUCCUCCUCGCCAAUCCCUGGAGCAUCCGAAGCGUUGAACCUACUCCAUUCAAACAACAUCCCCUUCAUCUUAUUGACCAAUGGAGGAGGCAAACAUGAGAGUGCUCGUGUUGCAGAGCUGAGCAAGAAACUCAAUGUUCCCCUCACCGAAGAGAAUUUUGUUCAAUCCCACACACCAUUCAAACAACUUGUUGAGGGAUCAGAUGCUGCGGAGAGUCUCAAGGACAAGACAGUUCUUGUUACUGGUGGAGAUGGAGAUAAAUGUCGAAAAGUCGCAGAAAUGUUAGUCCAUAUCCUUUUCUUUAGUGGGCAGUUCGUAAAUCUUAAAGCUCUUUCACACACAAUGAAGCCAUUCGGGUUUGCGAUGUUGAGUGAGCUUGAGACACUGAACCAAUUUGAAAUAUUGAGCAAGGACCAUUUUUUUCUGGAUAUAAAGCUAACACUGGAAUAUAUAGGUAUGGUUUUAAUAAAGUCGUCACUCCAGGGGACAUCCUCAUGGCUUACCCAACUGUUUGGCCCUUCAACCAAAUCUUUAGCGAGUAUUACAACAAGGCUACACGACCUCUUCCCAGACCUGUUGAUCUCCUCAAUCUCUCAGAAUCUCUCAGAUUCGAUGCUAUCAUGAUCUUCAAUGAUCCUCGUGAUUGGGCCUUGGAUACUCAAGUGGUACUUGACCUUCUCUUAUCCGAAAAGGGCAUCUUGGGCACUUAUUCGCCCAAGAACGGUGAUGCGUCACUUCCCAACAAUGGUUGGCAACAAGACGGGCAGCCAAAACUCUUCUUCUCGAACCCGGACCUCUUUUGGGCAACUAAUCAUCAUAUGCCUCGUCUCGGCCAAGGAGGUUUCCAGGCAUGCCUUGAAGGUGUUUGGAAUGCUACCACCGGUGGUGCAAAGCUCGAACGCACUGUUAUAGGCAAACCCCAUGCAGCAACAUACAAGUAUGCUGAGCGCGUACUACACAAGUAUCGUACACACAUGCUCGGCGGUAGUGGCGACAGCAAGAGAAAGAUCCCACAUUUGAAGCGCGUGUUUAUGGUCGGCGAUAAUCCAGAGUCUGACAUUCGCGGUGCCAAUGAAUUCGAAUCAUCUCACGGCACAGACUGGACUUCUGUUCUGGUUAAGACAGGUGUAUAUAGAAGUGGCACAGUUCCUGCUCAUAAGCCCAAGGCAAUCGUCGGAGAUGUCUACGAGGCUGUUAAGUGGGCUUUGGAACAGGAAGGCUGGCACACUGUUCAUGAAUGAUUUUAUUUUCGCUGUUUGGUCUUUUUCGUCUUUGGACGAACACGGCAUGUUUCUUUUAACGAACUUGGGAAUGGAUUGGAUUUGCUUCAAAGUAUAAAAUCCAGCGAACAAGUCCAAAAAUAUGAUGCAUUGCGAUGGCGUUCGGGGAGAAGUGGAGUUCGGGUUAGAUUCAGCAACAUUGAAUGAUGUGCAAAACCGUCAUCCGAAGACGAUGAAUGAUAUAGAUGAGAUACCAUGAUACUUGGAAGUUACAGCCUACAUAAAUAGAUGAAAAUAAAAUGAAAAUAGUAGAGUUAAAAAGGGUUAUUGGUGUUA